AUGUCGCCAACUACUGCGACUCAAGCAAACAGUCCCAGCACGGCUGUCGUUGCGUCGCAGCUGCUGCAGUUUACUUUCGUUGCUGGUCUUUCCGCGGGAUCGCAAUCAAGAGAAGGGCUUGACACAGUUGUGGACCAUGAUACAUCGCGCAGCUCAGUCGAAGAUGCUGCUCUUCGAAAAAGGGCAUGCCGAGGCACGCGAAACUCGCAACCCCGAAAGGUGACAUUUCAAUCUCGCCGCGAGCGCCGUUUGCGACGCCCGACACGAAAUCUCGAACCAGUACCUGCAAUCUCUCUAGGCUCAACUCAAGGCGCCCCUGUUUCUUCGUCGCCCGAAUUAUCGCUCUCUUCAAAUGAAUCGAAGCCGCUUCGAGAUACACAAGUCCUUGUGGUAGUCAUCAGCGUGCUUCUGGGCUUAAUCGCCCUGGUUCUGCUGUUCGUACUAGCACAAAGAAGGUGCAAGAGCCGUAAGAAGCCUGGAGGUGUGGAGGACUUGCAGCUGCCAACCAAAGUCGAGUCGAAAGAGGAGCAAGCCAAGCGCCAUGGACGGGUCUUUGGUUCAUCAGAUGUUUUGGAUGCUGAAGGGAGUGGGAAUCCGGGUCCUCGAAGACAGCCUUGCGCAGGAAAUGGGGACCCCACCCUUCACCAUACCGCUGUAGAGCGACCGCCAACAGCUCCGCCGUGCACUGCUCGUUUCCCAAGUUACAAUCGAGUGCACAAGAAACAGGGUCCUAUAACACAACAGGACCGCCGUGACACAAAUCCGCAGUGUGCUGACGACGCCUUUCCUGUUGUGCAAACCCGUUUUGUCUCCGAAGCCCCGAAGACCUCUUCUCCGUACAACGUCGAUAUCUAUACAAUCUUCGGGCCUGAAAAUCCACGAAGAUCCAUUCUUGAGCUCGAAACCACAGCCGCCACGACGCCGUCGUAUUCAACGAAUGACCCUUCAGCACCGCUUUCGACAAAGCCGACGAUCGAUUCUAGUAUCCUCUUCGUACCAACUUCGCAAAUAGUUCUGGCGGACACGUUCAUUCCUUCAACAGAUGACACCAUAGAGCGAUCGGGGUCGAAUGUUAACGGGUUCUUCGCUAUUAUUGGCCUGGGUGUGGUUGCUGGGGCUCUACUCGUCAUUGUCGCGCUGCUUUCCUGCCUCUUGUAUGCACGACGAAGGGCCGAGCAGGUCGCAGUUGAGGACCCGCCGGAACGUGUCACGUCGUCGAUUCAGGGAACAGAACUGGAGGUGGUUGCCCCGCACACCAACGAGGGCGCUCGAAAGCCUGGGGAGAUGUUCCGGUAUUGCUGA